GUAAAAAAUGAAUGGAGCGGCGGGGGUGGCAUUUCAGCAUCGCAUGUCGCCGUCUAUAGUCUCUCUUCCAGCAAAUAGUUGUAUCAGUUCUAUUGCUGACGUCGUAGCAGCUGAAUCUGGAAUUUCAGCACACAAAUCCAUAUAUUUUUUCGAUAGGAGUUUACUUUACUGAAUAAAAUGAUGAAUUAGAAUUUUUGUCACAGUUUGUUGGAAAAAAUUCUGAAAAAUGUUUGAAGAAUGCUUCGGAAACGGUCCAUUUGUAUUCAGACUCAACGAAAAUGGAACCGGGCCUCAACUUUUGACGCAGGUUUGUUUGGAACGAGGUUGGAGAGAAUACAAUAGCGAUAACAAUAACGAGAAUUGGAAUCUAUGGUGGAGGACUACUGGAUUUUCUACGAGUCACCACAAAAAUAUUUACGCUUGGCAGUACCUCAAUCAUAUCCCAAAAGGCUCGACGAUAUGCCGCAAAGACAACUUGAUCCGAUACUUAAGAUGCAUGAAAAAAGUCUACGGAUCAGUAUACGAUUUCAGCCCGCACGGCUACAAUUUGCCGCUCGAAUACACAAAAUUGGCGGCCGAAUGUAGCCGAGGCCGGCCGCAAAUUUCCAAAGACGAAAACCGACUACCCGAAGAAAAACCGAUUUGGAUUUGCAAACCAGUGGCUCAGAGUCAAGGACGAGGGAUAUUUCUUUUCAAAAAACUUAGUGAACUCAAUUAUGAUACAAACACAGUGGUCCAGCGCUACAUUGAAAAGCCUUUUUUAAUUGGAGGCUACAAAUUCGAUUUGAGGCUUUACGUUUGCGUCACUUCUUAUCAUCCUUUGACUGUUUACAUGUAUCGAGAAGGCCUUGCAAGAUUUGGUACUGAUAAAUUUAGCCUAAACGAUUUGAGAAAUCCUUUUAGACACUUGACGAAUUGCUCCAUUAAUAAAUUGGGGCCUGGAUAUGCUGAAAUGAAAGAUAGAGUUGGUUCAGGUUGUAAAUGGACAUUGAGACAAUUGAGAAGAUAUUUUCAACAAGCUUCAAUUGCUGAUUGGUUGAUUUGGCAAAAGAUUACUUCAUUGGUUGUAUUGACCAUCAUAAGUCAAAUUCAUCAAAUUCCACCAACAGUGAAUUGUUUUGAGUUUUUUGGAUUUGAUGUGCUUAUUGACAAUUCACUAAGACCAUGGUUGUUAGAGGUCAAUUUAAGUCCAGCUCUUAGUAACGAUUGCGACGCUGAUAGAUUAGUAAAAAAGCCAAUGUUGCACGACAUGUUUGAUCUACUCGGAUUGCCUUUGUACAACACUGGUUUGUCCAUAUUCAAUAUUUGGUUGGACGAUUCUAAUCAAAAUGAAAAUGACGAAGAAAUCGAAAAGAAAAUUUCCUUAUCAGGCACAAUUUCGGUACUAAACGCUGCCGGUAGAUGGAGAAGAAAAUACAAAAGAAUGUCUGCACAUCAAAGUUCGUCUCGGACAAAUACUGGCAGGCAAAGAAAUCGGUCCACGUCUGCUUAUAAUUCAAAGACUUAUAUGAAACUGCCAAAAGUCCAAGUGGACGGUCAUCAAACGGCGUUUUCUUAUAACAAUAAUGUGCCAAUAAAGGACAAGCCUAUUGAAGAAGAAUUCAAAAAAUCUGGCUCUAAAACGUGGGGUAAUGGAAGAGAUUGGAAUUGUCCUAAACCGCGCGAAGGAGGCUGGGUGAGGAUAUGGCCAUUGGACGGCGAAGAAAAAUUAGAUAGAAAUAAUAAUAAUUUUAAUAAUUGUGGCGUUAAAGUUAUGGUUAACAAGAUAAUGAAAUUCAAUAAAGUCGCCAAAGAUCUUGUAAAAAAGCAUCCGGCAGCUUCGGAAAGUCAACUUUCCGAGUUUCUACAACAGGAAAUGGACAUUACCGGAGAUAUAUGGAUACCGCCUCUAUAAUAAAUAAGCUUGUUAACAGUUUCAAUGUUUUUUAAUAAUUGUUGUUGGGCUUUUAUUAAAAUUUUGCAAAUUAUUAAAUAAAUUUGGCUGUGAUUUUAUUUUAGUUGUUCCAAAUAACACAUUGCAAAUUAAUGUUUCAGAAAAUAUAAUAAAUAUAUGUAAUUCUUUAAAAUAUCACUGCCUUUUAGAUAGAUUGAAUUGAAAUUUUCAAUAAAUGAUUGUCUAUAUUAAUUAUUCAAAAUAAAACCCUUUGAA